AGAAGUAGCCAAGGAAGUUUGUUCACGCGGUGAGUGCUUCAAGAAGGCAGUGACUGGCGGGUCGUGACAGGCAAAUAUUUUGAUUUUCGAACAUUGUUUUGGUGAACUGGCAAUAAAUAAGAUCGGUAUAAUAAUUAUUAUUCCCAGACAUGGACAUUACAUAUGUUUUCAGUGUGAACAUUUACAACAGAGAGUAAUUUGUUGCAGGGGUAAGACAUAAUAUGUUAACAUAUGCACGUCUGCAACGCAACAUGCUCUUAUAAACAAGUGCUGGACGCGAAGUGGGAAUGUCUGCAAAAAGUGAGAGCAGUCCAUACUUAAAAUAGCUUCGAAGGCGGGCAAAUGGCUUACAAGUGACUUAUCAAAACAAGUACUUAACUUGCGUUAUGGUAUUAUGACAUGUGUAAUAUAAGAAUGGACUAGAAUUGCCCGAAAAUAUUGUAAGUAACGAAAAACGAAUUUUUACGAUUCUCAACAGAACUUAAACAUAAUUAGACAAUUUACCUAUUUGAUAGUCACUAAGCAUAUAAUUUAGUAAUAAAAAAAGGUCGUGUCAGAGAUUUAAAUACGAGGAGGGUGCUGCAAAUAUUAGUGGCUUGAGCAGAAAUAAUCUUAUUUUGUUUCAUUCUUAGAUCUGCAUUUUAAACACAGGUUGUAAUGUGUUAAGACGGUAUCGAAUUAUAAAAGACAACAGAACAUUUUCAAUUACACGCUCCAAGAUUAUUUAAAUUCUGCUCCAUUUGUUCCCAGUUGCCUAAAUGACAAUUAUCUGCAGACAAUUGUUUGAAAUUGAAGAAUAACUUCCCUUAAAACACUUAUUUCACAAUAACUAAAUGAGUUUGCAUAGAUCGGCGUCUAUAGCAUCGAAUCUCAUAUAAUUUGAAUGAUGCUAAAUCGGAUAAACAGGUUGAAAUAGUCCCUUAGAAUGGAAAGUUACGUUACUGACGAGUGGUAACAGAGGCAAAAGAAAUAGACGCAGUCAAGAGUCUCAAACGACGAUGUGUAUUUCUAGGAGAGCGAGAAAAGUGAAUAUGAUUUUGUUGAGGCACCUAGACACAGCAGCGCGAUAAUGGUUUACGCUUAAGUGGCGUCGCGAUGCCCAGGCCGAGCCGCGAGUCAUACGGGGACCAGAAGCCACCGUACUCGUACAUCUCGUUGACCGCUAUGGCCAUCUGGAGCUCUCCUGAGAAGAUGUUGCCGCUGUCAGACAUCUAUCGCUUCAUCACCGAGCGUUUCCCUUACUACCGUCGGAACACACAGCGUUGGCAGAACUCCCUGAGGCACAACCUCUCCUUCAACGACUGCUUCAUCAAGAUCCCGAGGCGACCCGACCGACCGGGAAAGGGCGCCUAUUGGGCUCUGCAUCCCGCAGCCCUCGACAUGUUCGAGAACGGUAGUUUUCUCAGACGCCGGAAACGUUUUAAGCUGCCUAAAAUCGAGAAAGAUGCUUUAGAAGUUGGCUUGGCUUCCAUACAACAAGCUUCCAAUAACGUUCCUAGCGGUGGAAUGCUGAAGAACGUAGUGACGUCGCAAGAGAUGCAACAGUACGCGGGUUCGUCACUGAACGCUCCCUCUAAAUCUUUCAGCAUCGAAAGUAUUAUGCAAGGUGCCGCGGACACUCUUCCCGAAACGACUGCAGCGGCCCUCCAAGCCCUGCAGCACCCCGUUGUGCCCCAACCCGUGUUGGCGCGUGGAAAUCCCUUCGGCUCACCACCGCUCUAUACUCCCAGCAUCUCUCUGCCACCCGCGCCGUCCACAGGAUACUUCCAUCACCAUCCUCCCGUAUGCCUCCAACAACAGUUACCUGGUGCUUGUACCGCGGGCGGUUACAUCGUACAUCCAGCUGCUGCUGCCAUCUACGCUGCAGCCCUCGCCACAGCCGGACUUCUUCUUCCGCCGUUCAACAAGCCUUCUCACUCGCUUCCGGGUCUGGUGAAGCCUCAUCCGCUAAUGGCGUCUUACCCUCAACAGCUAGCACUUGCUCAACCUCGCCUGCCUCCAGCACAGAGGGUUCUCGAGCUUGAGGAUUCGACGUCUCCGCCGCCAUCAACACCCUUCCUCGAUGUUGUCGACAAUUCCACGUCUUCGUCUUCUUCGGACCUGUUGCAGCUACCGGGGCAGCUUUAGCAGCAAGGUGGAUGGCACGGGAACGGACGACCAGGAACACUGUUCAGCAAGAUCUGAAAUCGGUUCUUCGAGAAGAGUCGCUUAGACUUGUGUCACAGAGGAAAUUUUGUCAUAAAAUACGCUGGUUCAAGACAAUAUCAAAAGGAUACCUAAUAAAAUUGUAGUGUAUUGCUUCUCAUAUGUUAAUAUUUAUAAUCUAAAUUAAGCAAUAUAUAGUAUAUUAGAUAAACAGAUCAAAUACACGUAAAGGACAAAAUGUAAGGUUAUACUUCUUCGCCGUCACUUCGCACACCUGUGCCAGUUGAAUUAUACUUCUUACACUCGUUGUUCACUAAUGUUACUACUUUCUAAGCAAAAAGUUUUGAUUAGAAUCUAAUCAUUCUUUAAUGUCUGUCCGAUAUCUGGCAGUAGUGUCAGCUGUUUCAAGCGUAGUGACGAGGUUUUAUGUUUAGGGAAUGGAGGGGCGGAGGUGUAAGCUGCUAUCUGGUUGGAAAGUUUUAAUAUACUGUUUUAAAUAUUAGGCAGUUGUUGGCAAUAUCUGAAUAAUUUUUUCACUGAUAGCAAAUAUUGAAUAUAUUUUUUAAAAUAUUUUAGAAUACGCGUGAAAGGUACAAUAAACAUAAAUACAAUUUUUUUAUUACACUCAUCUAACCAAAGUACUAAAAAAUAUUACAGAAAAUAUACCGUACAGAAAUAUACAUAACAAAAAGCAGAGAAUCAUCAUGUCAACUUCUGAAGAAUAUUUAUUAAAAUUUAAAUACUUUAAAUUUCGUAUCUUGUUUAUUGAAUAUUGUUAUUAUUAUUAUUAUUUGCUAAUAUUUGUAUGGCAGUGCUGAAACUUCUGAACAAAGAGUGUAAUGAACCUGAAGGUGAUGGGAUUCUAAUCGAAACACGUUGCUCAGAAAAUACUGACAUCAAUGAUCAGCUUUCGUAAACACGAUGAAAUAAUGUAAUAAGUGUAGCGCGUGAAUCAACUGACAAGGGUUUUGAACUGACGGUUAAAAAACAAAAUACAAAUCGAACAAUACAGAAGUGAAGUGGAAGGAAUUCCAUGCAUCUGCCAUAGGUUAGUCCUUUAGUGAGGAUAAAUUAUCUUAAACUCUUGUUAAAUAUUUUUCAUUUAACAUUGCUUGAAGUUUAGAGUAGGAUACUUUAUGGCUCAUAAUUCAAUCUCAAAUUACGCAUUUAUCCUAUAUAAAAUGAAGUGCAAUUUUCUUAAAAUGUGAUAAACUAUACAAAAUAUAAUUAAGUUAGACACUAAUGUUGAAAAUAGCUUAUUAGCUAUUGCAGUAAUUCUAGCACAACAAUCUUCAGUUGAAGUUAACACAAGAUUGAGUGUGUUUGCAACUUCUGUUACAAAAAUGAGACUCCAUUAAAAACAUGUGUUCUGUUGA